AGCAGCAGCAGCUUAUCAUAAAUAAAUGCAGUCUCCUGAAUUAAGUGAGAUCUGUAUGAACGUCGGUCAAAUGCGUUUGAACAAAUCAGAAGAAUCACUGUGAAUAAACACGAAGGGUUGAUACUCUGUAGUCCACAGUUUGGCGCAAACCCUGGUUUAUUAUGUAUGUUUUUAGAUGACACGGGCCAAACCAGAGGAUGACGAGUACUGGAACAGCUCAAAAUUCAAAGCUUUCACAUUUGAUGAUGAUGACGACGAGUUUUCAAGGCUGAAAGAGUCCAAACGGGCCGUCAACAGCAUUCUGGUCGAUGAAGAUGAAGAUGAAGAUGAUGUUGAGCGGGUCAACUGGAGUGGAGAACCGGUGGGAAGCAUCUCUUGGUCGGUCAAAGAGACCGCCUCCAGCAUCCGAUCAGGGAGCGAGCAGAGCUUUCCCAAAAUAGACACCACUCCUUCACUGUCCAAACAGGGAUCUGGAUACUCCCUGAGCGCUCUGUUUAAAGCAAAGAGCAAACCUGGUGGUUUUCAGUCUUUCUCAGAGUCCUUUAGUGACACAUCUGUGAGAACAUAUGCACCAGAGCUACAGAGGCCCAGGUCAGAUGGAAAGGAUUUUGUCAGUGACCUGAGUCUUGAGGAAACUGUGAGGAGAAUGCAGAAAGGAAGGACGUACUCCCUGGAAAAGUUCCGCUCUCUGCAGGACAAACUUCUGCUGCUGGAUGAAGCAGUUGCUGUUUAUGAUGGCAAUGUCAUAACUGCGGUAACCCUUACAUCAGCCUUUAUCAAAAUCAUCAUCCCUAUAUGGAAAUGUUGUUGUGACAUUAUAGUGACUCAUAAUAAAAUAUACAGUAGUUGGAACAUCUUUUUAUUGUACUUAUUCCCUGUGGUCAUCAUUCAUAUUUUCCAACAACAGGUUUUGAUAUAUCUCAAAAAAUCAUUAAGUAAAGAAAUACUCUUUCGAGAGUUAAUGGCAAGAGAUGUAGCUUUACAUCAUUAUGUUCACUAUUUAAAAGAGAUGGGAGAGCAGAAACUUUUGGUGGAAUUACUAAAGGCACUUGGCAGGACAGAAGAUAUGGCGUUGAUGCAAUACAAGGAACACUUGAAUAUUAAAGAUGAAGGGCGACGAAGGGAUUUCCUCAAAAAUUGCCUCAGCCUUCCAUUCUCUCAAGAUGAUGCCACUCAUGUUCAAGACCACUAUACACUCCUCGAGAGGCAAAUAAUCAUAGAGGCUAGUGACAAAAAGGCACAGGAAGACAUCUUUAAAAAGUUCCCCAGAAAAGCAUCCAUCUUAAAUAUGCCAAUCAUUACAACACUCUACUACUCCUGCUUCUAUCAUUAUGGAGAGCCAGAGGGAACUUAUAGCAGCCCUGCAAACAUUAGAAAAACCUUCAGGAUUUCAGAAAAGCAGUACAUUCUCACAUCUCUUGGUGCAAGGGCAAAGUUGAAAUCAUGGUUUGAUGUGGAUAGUCUCUUCAACACCAAGAACUGGCUGGGAUACACCAAGAAAAGAUCCCCCAUUGGCUUCCACAGAGUAGUGGACAUCCUGCAGAAAAACAAUGCACCUGUACAGGUGCUGGAGGAGUAUAUGAACCUCAUCGAUGACCCAGAGCUCAAGCUUAGUAUGGCUCUAAAAUAUAAGUGCCAUGACAUCGUCAUCAAUACGUACAGAGACCUGAAGGACCGGCAUCAGCUUACUCUGUACAAGGAGAAGUUGGAUCAAGACACUGUUGAAUAUAGGAAGAUUCAGAAACUCCUCAAUGAUGGGCAAAUCAGAUGGAAAAACUGACACAUGAACCCUGACAAUAUUGCACAAAAACACCAUGAAGCUGCCGAAGAAGGAACCUUGUCACUGGCUGGACAAACAGGACUGAGAGAUCCCUAACUUGCUCAAAGUCUCAAGGGCAUCGACUGCUUAAAAGAACCAGUGGUCCCUUCUGCUUUAUUCAAUGAGAUAAUUCUCUUGCAAAUGUCUGCUUAGUAUGAUUGUAAACCUGCCAAGUGUCCUUCUGCCAACUGUACAUGUGAACACUGAUGAACAUUUCAACAGAAAUAAGGAAGGCAACAUCAGCGAUUAUUGCCGUGCGCAAAAUAUUACUCACUCUGAACUCUCCACACCCUUUUGUAUUUUCCCAUGUAUAAAUGUAUGGACAUUCCUCCUCCACUGUGUUUUAUAUAUUAAAUAUAAUAUAUGAUACAGUUAUUUGAGUACUGUCUGAUACAGUACAGGCUGUCUGGUUAUUUUGUGACUAAAUAUUUUUUUGUUGUUCUUCUAAAAAGUGCUUGACGAAGUUCUCUGGAAGAUAAUAGGGUAACCGCAAAAUUUCUGUUAACUGUUCUGUUCUGUAAUUUAUAGUCUGAAUUAUAAACUCAGACUGAGAGUGCAAAGUAUCAGUUUGAGCCAUACUU